CAGCUUGUAAAGCAGCGAUAGUUUGGAGUAUCAUGGAGCAAUCGGAAGUGCUGACCCAUGCAGGGUAUCCCAACCCACACAGGGGUGCAGAUGAGCUUCGUGAGGAGGCUUUACGGAGGAUCCAGGUGGACAAAGCAGUGCGUACUGGAGCAGAUGAGGAUCUGCAGGAUCCUGAUGAACAACGGAAGCUGAUGGAAGCAGCAGCGGCAAAGGCAGCUGACGCAGCAGUCGCCAUGGCGCUUGAAGACCAGGUGCUAAGUAAGCAGGUGUUGUGGCAAAAGGCCUUCAUCACCGAAAUGGCGAAGCAAAAGAAUGCGAUGCUUCAAACGGAGGCAUUGCCCGAAUCGGAAUCCGAGACUUCAGAGGAUCCAAUGGAGGUCCUCAAACAGCUCUUGGAGAGCGUUGCGCCCUGCACUUCCACAUAUCCAGUGUCAGUUUCUCAAUCAACAGAUCGACAGCGGGUCGAUGGGAAAGCUGAUCGUUGGACACCUUUGAAGGGCCAGCAGUUGCUCGUAAAGCCAGCCACAGAGGAGGAUUGCAUUCUUCUGGUGGCAAAUGCGCUCAUGACGCCCGAAUCUGAUAGAGAGGAAUCCCAUUGGCUUUUAAGACGAGAUGGGAAAUCAAUUUCUUCAUCCUUUUCCUCGUACAGCAGGCAAAGAUCCUGGAGUCAUCACAUCUGUCUUCCUUGGAUGGAUCAACCCCUGAAGCGAGCCGAGCUGGAAUACCAGGUGGUUGCCCAUGCUGGCAGGGAAGCUUCGCAUUUUGUUGUGGGGGAGAAGAAGGAGCGGAGGCAAAUCUUUGGCCUUACCUUGCCGGUCCACCAGGUGUCGUGGGUUGAAGACGAUGAAGUGCUGAGUCUUCCUCCUGGGCCGUGGCGAGACGUAAACGGAUUACACGAGGUGAUCACUACGUUGCCUGGUGACAGAGUGUUGGUGGUUUGCACCAUGCACUACACGGCGAACUGGUCCAGUGAACUGAACCGGGGUCGAUUCACAGUUGUCCGUGAUGACUUGGGCCUCGAUGGUUUGGCGGACAGAGGAUUGCAGUCUGUCCGUUCCCUUGGGCCGAGCCAACCACGAACGAUGAUUAUGGCCACAGUCGAUGAACCACCUCCUGGACCUCAUCUCUACCGUGCCAGAGCGGCCUUAACGACGGGCGAGGAGUCUGGAGUGUCUUUGACGCUGCAGGGUGAAAGACAGUUGACGCUUAUUCGAUUGCCUGGGAAUCUUGUGACAGGGCCCAUGAGACCGAUCGAACCGGUGGAGAUCCAUGAUGGAACUUGGACGGAGAUACCUGGAAUGUUCGCAUCAUGCAGCUUGAGGAGACCUAGAGACCGUGUGCUUCUCGUGUAUCACAUUGAUUGCAACCCACAAGACUACUUCUAUGAAGCCCACUUCACAAUUUUCAGAAGAAAGGAGGGCGCUAUCUCCUCUGACCAGAACCUGGGCUUUUCUGAGGAGUUCGGCCUCGACAUGGUGGCCUGCUCAGGUCUUCUCUGACUAUGGUGCUUCUAGCGAAUACCCAGCAGGACUUUUGAUAGACACUCCAGGUUCACAAGGUCCAUGGACCUACUAUUUGGCCGCGCGAGUAGCCAAUCUUGGCACAACUUCGGAGAACCCAUCAGUAGUUGUAGGUUAUUCAGGAUCGUUAUUUGGAAUGGUCCUGUCAGCUUCGAGAUGAGAAAA